UUUUAUUUAUUCGAAAGUUAUAUUUAUAAGAAUAAAGAAGAAAAAGAGAGAGGACGAACAAACACUAAUCAUAGUUUCUCUGGCAGGCUUGUUGUUGCGGCUUAAUAAAAAUUUCUUUAAAAAGCUCUUUUGUUAUUAUUACUUCACGUAGAUUUUCCCCAAAAAGCUCCCAUUUUUUUUAUUUCUUUUUUUAAUUCAACUUUUGUUUUACAGUGUGUGAGAGAGAGAGUGUGAUUGAGAAAAGACGACGACGAGAACGCCGGAGAAUUAGGAUUUUGAUUUUCACUCAGUGUUUGUUUUUCUGCUAAUGGGUUUUAAAGGGUUAUCGAAGAAAUGAGCGAUUUUUUAUGUGUUGAGGUUAUCUCUGUAGCAAAGUGUUAAUGGUGGUGAUUUUCGGAGGUUAGGGUUUUCUCGGAUCUGAAGAGAUCAAAUCAAGAUUCGAAAUUUAGCAUUGUUGUUCGAAAUGGAGAUGACUUGUGUGGUGUUUGUCUUACUUUCGUUGAUCUUACUUUCGAAUCAUUCACUGUGGCUUGCUUCUGCUAAUUUGGAAGGUGAUGCUUUGCAUACUUUGAGGGUCACUCUAGUUGAUCCGAACAAUGUCUUGCAGAGCUGGGAUCCUACGCUUGUGAAUCCUUGUACAUGGUUCCACGUCACUUGCAACAACGAGAACAGUGUCAUAAGAGUUGAUUUAGGAAAUGCAGAGUUGUCUGGCCAUUUAGUUCCGGAGCUUGGUGUGCUCAAGAAUCUGCAGUAUUUGGAGCUUUACAGUAACAAUAUAACUGGCCCAAUUCCUAGUAAUCUUGGAAAUCUGACGAACUUAGUGAGCUUGGAUCUUUACUUAAACAGCUUCACUGGUCCUAUCCCUGAAUCAUUGGGAAAGCUUUCAAAGCUGAGGUUUCUCCGGCUUAACAACAACAGUCUCACUGGGUCAAUUCCCAUGGCACUGACCAAUAUCACUACCCUUCAAGUGUUAGAUCUAUCAAAUAACCGACUCUCUGGUUCAGUUCCUGACAAUGGCUCCUUCUCACUCUUCACACCCAUCAGUUUUGCUAACAACUUAGACCUAUGUGGACCUGUUACAAGUCACCCAUGUCCUGGAUCUCCCCCGUUUUCUCCUCCGCCACCUUUUAUUCCACCUCCACCAGUUUCCACCCCAAGUGGAUAUGGUAUAACUGGAGCAAUAGCUGGUGGAGUUGCUGCAGGUGCUGCUUUGCUGUUUGCUGCUCCUGCAAUAGCCUUUGCUUGGUGGCGGCGAAGAAAGCCACUAGAUAUUUUCUUCGAUGUGCCUGCCGAAGAAGAUCCAGAGGUUCAUCUGGGACAGCUCAAGAGGUUUUCUUUACGGGAGCUGCAAGUGGCGAGUGAUGGAUUUAGUAACAAGAAUAUUUUGGGUAGAGGCGGGUUCGGGAAAGUCUACAAGGGACGUUUGGCAGACGGAACUCUUGUUGCUGUCAAGAGACUGAAGGAAGAGCGAACUCCAGGUGGAGAGCUCCAGUUUCAGACAGAAGUAGAGAUGAUAAGUAUGGCAGUUCAUCGAAAUCUCUUGAGAUUACGAGGUUUCUGUAUGACACCGACCGAGAGAUUGCUCGUGUAUCCUUACAUGGCCAACGGAAGCGUUGCUUCGUGUCUCAGAGAGAGGCCACCGUCACAGCCUCCGCUCGAUUGGCCAACGCGGAAGAGAAUCGCGCUAGGCUCAGCUCGCGGUUUGUCUUACUUACACGAUCACUGCGAUCCGAAGAUCAUUCACCGUGACGUAAAAGCAGCAAACAUCCUCUUAGACGAAGAAUUCGAAGCGGUUGUUGGAGAUUUCGGGUUGGCGAAGCUAAUGGACUACAAAGACACUCACGUGACAACAGCCGUCCGUGGCACAAUCGGUCACAUCGCUCCAGAAUAUCUCUCAACCGGAAAAUCUUCAGAGAAAACCGACGUUUUCGGUUACGGAAUCAUGCUUCUGGAACUAAUCACAGGACAAAGAGCUUUCGAUCUCGCUCGGCUAGCUAACGACGACGACGUCAUGUUGCUUGACUGGGUGAAAGGAUUGUUGAAGGAGAAGAAGCUAGAGAUGUUAGUGGAUCCAGAUCUUCAGACGAACUACGAGGAAAGAGAACUGGAACAAGUGAUACAAGUGGCGUUGCUUUGCACGCAAGGAUCACCAAUGGAAAGACCAAAGAUGUCUGAAGUUGUAAGGAUGCUUGAAGGAGAUGGGCUUGCGGAGAGAUGGGACGAAUGGCAAAAAGUAGAGAUUUUGAGGGAAGAGAUUGAUUUGAGUCCUAAUCCUAACUCUGAUUGGAUUCUUGAUUCUACUUACAAUUUGCACGCCGUUGAGUUAUCUGGUCCAAGGUAAAAAAAAAAUUGAUAAAAUUAUUGAACAA